GCCUGCGGCGGGCGUGCAAAAAAUUAUGCACCUUCUCUGAGAUCGGGUCUCAAUUGAAAUCCACCUUCAAGAUCAAUUCGCUUAUGGAUUGGGGCGCUGAACUGGGCCUGCAUGUGGCCAUCUAUUUGGGCUUAGUUUUCCUGUUCUUCGGCGUAGUGCCCGUCGUUUGCUUCUAUGUGCGCAUCGAGAUCCGAACUCUGGCAAAGAUUUGUCCGCCGCGCUCCCAACGUCAGCUCAGGCGAAUCAAUCGCAAUCGCAGUGAUCGCCAGAACACUGUGGAGCUCGGACGUCAGCACAGUCGUUAUGGUGAUAUUUUUUACAUUGAACCAAACAGCCAGGAGGCCGCACGCAUACAGGAGCAGCUGGAGAAGGAUGAGAAGGAUUUGCCCAGCUAUGAAGAGGUCAUGCGUAUGUGCAAUCUGACUACUCCCACGGCAGCUGCUGCAGCGCCAUCGCAACCGCCCAUGAUGGAAACGAGUGCCAUUGGCAUUGCUGCAUUGCCUGCUCCACCAUACUCAGAGAUCGAUCCACACCGAAGCGUUGCGGCGCCACCUCCUCCAAUUGCCACUGUUACAACUGUCAACCUGUCAGAGCCCUCACCCUCUACCUCGCGUGCUGCACAAAUUACCACGUAGCAAUAGCCCCAGUGAUCUAAUGCAGACCAACAUAUCACCAACACCCACGCACACACAAACAAACAGACACGCAGAGACCCAGGACAAACAGUGUGAACCUGUCGCUGCAGCAUUCCAGUGCCACUCUGGGCCGCACAAAUCUCCGAAUUUGUGUGCGAUCCCCAAUUGA